GGGCCCUCCCACUCUCCCCCGCGCCGCCUCAGAGCCCCGGCCGUCGCUUCACCCCGGCCGCCCGGCGUGCGCAUCCUCCCGCCGCUCUGCAGGCCUUGUGUGAGUGUGUGUGUGUGUGUGCGGGGGGGGGCACCCCUUCGCCUGAUUCCUGCGCCCCCGCCGCCGCGCUGCUCCUCGCGGCCCCCGCUCGCGUUCACGCUGUCGCCCGGGCCGGCGCGGCCGCGGGCAACCGCCCCCCCUCCCGCACCCACCCCGCCCCCUCCCCGCCUUUUCCGCCCAGCCGGCCCCCUCCCUCGGCCCGCCGCCGCUGCUCCAGAUGAGGUGAUGGCAACGGCCAACUUCGGCAAGAUCCAGAUCGGCAUUUACGUGGAGAUCAAGCGGAGCGAUGGCCGAAUACAUCAAGCAAUGGUAACAUCUUUAAAUGAAGAUAAUGAAAGUGUAACUGUUGAGUGGAUAGAAAAUGGAGAUACGAAAGGCAAAGAGAUUGACUUGGAGAGUAUCUUUUCACUUAACCCUGACCUUGUACCAGAUGAAGAAAUUGAACCCAGUCCAGAAACACCUCCGCCUCCAGCAUCCUCAGCCAAAGUAAACAAAAUUGUAAAGAAUCGACGGACUGUGGCUUCCGUUAAAAAUGACCCUCCUCCAAGAGAUAAUCGAGUCAUUGGUUCUGCACGUGCACGGCCUAGUCAGCUUCCUGAGCAGUCUUCCUCUGCACAACAGAAUGGUAGUGUUUCAGAUAUAUCUCCAGUUCAAGCUGCAAAAAAGGAAUUUGGACCCCCUUCACGUAGAAAAUCUAAUUGUGUAAAAGAAGUAGAAAAACUACAAGAAAAACGAGAAAAAAGGAGACUACAACAGCAAGAACUCCGAGAAAAAAGAGCCCAGGAUGUUGAUGCUACAAACCCCAAUUAUGAAAUUAUGUGUAUGAUCAGAGAUUUUAGAGGAAGUUUGGAUUAUAGACCAUUAACAACAGCAGAUCCGAUUGAUGAACAUAGGAUAUGUGUUUGUGUACGAAAACGGCCACUCAAUAAAAAAGAAACUCAAAUGAAAGAUCUUGAUGUAAUCACAAUCCCCAGUAAAGAUGUUGUGAUGGUACAUGAACCAAAACAAAAAGUAGAUUUAACACGGUACCUGGAAAAUCAAACGUUUCGUUUUGAUUAUGCCUUUGAUGACUCAGCUCCUAAUGAAAUGGUUUACAGGUUUACAGCUAGACCGCUAGUGGAAACUAUAUUUGAAAGGGGAAUGGCUACAUGCUUUGCUUAUGGGCAGACUGGAAGUGGAAAGACUCAUACUAUGGGAGGUGACUUUUCAGGAAAGAACCAAGAUUGCUCUAAAGGAAUUUAUGCAUUAGCAGCUCGAGAUGUUUUUUUAAUGCUGAAGAAGCCAAACUACAAGAAGUUAGAACUUCAAGUAUAUGCAACAUUUUUUGAAAUUUAUAGUGGAAAGGUGUUUGACUUGCUAAACAGGAAAACAAAAUUAAGAGUACUUGAAGAUGGAAAACAGCAGGUCCAGGUGGUGGGAUUGCAGGAACGGGAAGUUAAAUGUGUUGAAGAUGUUCUGAAACUCAUUGAUAUAGGCAACAGUUGCAGGACAUCUGGUCAAACAUCUGCAAAUGCACAUUCAUCUCGGAGCCAUGCAGUGUUUCAGAUUAUUCUUAGAAGGAAAGGAAAACUACAUGGCAAAUUUUCUCUCAUUGACUUGGCUGGAAAUGAAAGAGGAGCUGAUACUUCCAGUGCGGACAGGCAGACUAGGCUUGAAGGUGCUGAAAUUAAUAAAAGCCUUUUAGCACUCAAGGAGUGCAUCAGAGCCUUAGGUAGAAAUAAACCUCAUACUCCAUUCCGAGCAAGUAAACUUACUCAGGUGUUAAGAGAUUCUUUCAUAGGUGAAAACUCCCGAACCUGCAUGAUUGCCACAAUCUCUCCAGGAAUGGCAUCCUGUGAAAAUACUCUUAAUACAUUAAGAUAUGCAAAUAGAGUAAAGGAGUUUGGAAUUAGUCCAUCAGACAUUCCCUUCUCACAGGGUAGUGGCAGUCGCCCUGAUCUCUCUCCUUCUUAUGAGUAUGACGACUUUUCUCCUUCGAUUACCAGGGUGAAAGAGUUGACUGUGGAUCCAACUGCUGCUGGUGAUGUUCGUCCAAUAAUGCACCAUCCACCAAGUCAGAUUGAUGACUUAGAGGCACAGUGGGGUGUUGGCAGUUCCCCUCAGAGAGAUGAUCUAAAACUUCUUUGUGAGCAAAAUGAAGAAGAGGUUUCUCCACAGUUGUUUACUUUCCAUGAGGCUGUGUCACAAAUGGUGGAAAUGGAAGAACAAGUUGUGGAAGAUCACAGGGCAGUGUUCCAGGAAUCCAUUCGAUGGUUAGAAGAUGAAAAAGCUCUCUUAGAGAUGACUGAAGAAGUGGACUAUGAUGUCGAUUCAUAUGCUACACAACUUGAAGCUAUUCUUGAGCAAAAAAUAGAUAUUUUAACUGAAUUACGGGAUAAAGUGAAAUCUUUCCGUGCAGCUCUACAAGAGGAGGAACAAGCCAGCAAACAAAUCAACCCGAAGAGACCCCGUGCCCUUUGAAUUGGCAUUUGCUGCAAAAGGAUCCCCAGAACCCUCACUUGUGUAACAUACAAUGGGUCAGCUGUAAGGGCCAUUGGAAAGUUUGAAAUUUUAAGUGUUGGUGGGAAAUGUCUUGUCCCUUCACCUGAAUGACAUUUCAAUUUUGUGAAACACUCCUUUGUCUGCAAAAUGCUUCUAGUCCAGGAGCCACAACCAAGAUACGGGAAUAUUGAAGUAUUUUGUUUCAUUUACCCAAAUAGUGAUUUACUUUUGGAAAUCUCUGCCAAUUUUAUUUUCUAUAUAAUGAAGUAAGAUUGUGGAACCGAUCCAGAGGUGAAUAGUAGGGGGAACCACAGCAUUUCCUUUUAACGCGAUGCAAUUUUCGUAGCAAGACUGAGAAGUUUUAAAUCCUUUGCGUGCAUGCAUACCUCAUCAGUGAUUGUACAUACCUUGCCCACUUCUAGAGAAAGCUGUGCUCACCUCUUCCUGCUCUGUGCCUUGACUAAGGCUAUUGACCCUCAAUUUCUGAAGCACAGCCAAGAUAAAUUACAUUCCUUAUUUGUUACUGUAAAUUACCUUUAUUGUGUGUACAUUUAUACUGUGUUUGAGACUUUUUUUGUGUGUGUGUGUGUUACUAGUUAAUUUUGCAGGAUGUGCCAUAUCAUUGAAUGGAACUAAAGUCUGUGACAGUGGACAUAGCUGCUGGACCAUUCCAUCUUACAUGUAAAGAAGUCUGGAAUUAUGAUUUUAAAACCAUAUAACGUGAUUAUAAUUUUCUUAGCAUUUUCUUUGUAAAGAACUAAACUAUAAACUAGUUGGUGUAUAAUAAAGAGUAAUGAAAUUCUGAGAAGAGUUUUAUCUUAGGGUAAUACAUAUAUAAUGCAGUGUGUUCCAGUGUGGUAUUAACAAGACUAAUUGUGCAAUUUGAUCUUUACCAAUACCAUUAUUUAAGUGUCCAUUAGCACACAAAAAUAUACCUUUUAAGUGUACUGUGAAAGGAAUUGGCUUCUGAUGCAUGAACAAUUACAUGUACAAUGAAAGUAGUCCAUAAUAGAACUGUUAGUUUAAGCCAAUUGUAGACAGUACAUAACACCCUUGAAAAAAGAAAUAAGCUACAAGAGUUGACUUUUUUGCCAUGAAGCAGAUCCAAUCUAAGCUCCACCCAUUCAUUACCAAUUGUAUAGUUCAUCGUUAUUUGGUGGAAAUCAAUUUUUCACACAUAAAUUGGUGUAGGGUAUGCUGCUUUAUAAAUAGUGGCACUUACUUUACAGUUUUCCUAUUCCAAGGAAGAAAACUGGCUGAUUUUAAUGUAAAUGUUUUGUUAAAAGAAUUAUGUAUCUCUCUAGGAGUUUUUCCUUCAGUUCCCAGGACAGAGUCCAGGAGUAGAUUAACACCAAAACGUUUCUCAAGGAUAUCUUGUUUUGAUUUACCGGGGGAAACUACUGGCUCAUUCAUCUGAGCCAGAAGGAAGCUAUGAAUAGAGUCACCUGAGCCAUAUCCCCUUCUUCACUCUUCACAGACCCAGAGGGUAGCUGUGGGAAAUCCUAGCACCACGAUGAAAAGCUCCUCUAUAAACUUGAAAUCUAGAAAUGUAGAUUUUCACAGUGUUCUUAUUAAUAAAUGAAAUCUAUGGCUUAAGUUUUAAGAGCUAAAUUACUUCAGUACAAUCACCUUUGUUUUGGAAGGGACUCAGGUUAUCUUGCAGCUAUGAUAUGUUCUAUUUACAUUUAUUUCAAAAAGAAGAGGUAGAAUGAAGAACUGUUAUUGACCUUACAGAGCCUAUUCAAAAAAAGGUAGACUUUGAGACUGACCUGCAAAUGGCAAUAAAGAGAUGUGAACUUGCUAAUUUUAAAGCACAAAGAUAAGCUUUAAUUUAUUAUUUAAAUUUGAUGAGUUGUAUUUCUGAAAGGUCUUCUUAUAUCCAAAUAUGCUGCCUUAUACCACGAUGGCUUCAUUUUUAUCAGUAAUCAGGACACAUUAAAAGUACUGGGAAAGAUCUAUAUUAUAUUACAGUUCUUCAGUUUCAUAAGAUAGAGAAAAUGGAAGGAACAGAAAGGGACUAAAAUGUAGUUCAUAUAUAAGGAAGAGUAUUACAUUUUUCAUAAAAGGAAAAUAUGGUACAAAACAACUUUAUGAGAUUGAAAAACACCUGCUCAUAAUUAUAUUUCAUAUUUAUGUAACAAGGGGCCAGGGAUAUGGCUCAGAUGAACAGAGUAUAGUUUAUGUGAGGCCCUGGGUUUGAUCCCUAUCACAACAUUCCCCUCCCAACCCCCUAGUAUCAUCAAGUGUGCCCUUGUGUCCUCUUCUCUUCCCCUAUCUCUCUCUCUCUCUCACUCACACGUGUAUGUGUAAUGAAAGUCAUUCAGUGCAGCUAUUAAAUUUUUGGAUCUGGAUUAAACAUUGUCAAGACUGAAAAGCUGGUAUUAGUUGAUAAUAGCUGAUAUCAGCUAUUCAAGAUUGAAUAGCUGAUCCUAUUAGUAAGAUGCAUUAUUUUAUUUAUACAGGAAUAUUUUAAUAUCACUUGAAAGCAUAUUUCAAAUUCAGUACACCAUACUAAAAUUAUUUCAGUUUCAUUAAGAUACAAAGGGGCUGGGGAAAGAGCUCAGUGGGCUCAGUGCAUGCUGUGUGCAUGGGAUGUCUGGGUUCAGUGCCCAGGUCACAUGGCCCCUUCCACACCCACAGCUAGAAUUAGGUGUGGCUCCCAAACCAAAACCCCAAGAAAACCAACUGCUGAGAAGACUUAAUUUCCUUAGUAGUAAUUAGGGGACAUGAGCAUUGGGGCUGGAUAGUACAGUAUAGAAAGGAGGCAUCUAACCCCUCCCACCUGUCGCUCAACUCUGCACUGUGUACUGUCCCCUGAGAAAAAAACAACUUAGUAAACUUAUUAUUUUUCAACCUAGUAUUUUUUUAAAUAGCUUAUAUGUAUCAAUAGUAUAAUUUUAUUCAGAAGUCAUGAAUUAUUAGGAAUCAAAAGCAAUGGGGAAAUGGCUGGUUGUGUUUACUGUUUAAAAUCCUAAGGGCAGGAGGAGACCAGACGGGGGUAGGGUGAUUGCCUUGCACAUGGCAGACCUGGGUUUGAUUCCUAGCACGCCAUAUGAUCCCUGCGUACCUCCAGGAGUGAUCCCUGAGCACUGCUGGGUGUGCUCUCCCAGCCCCCCCCACCCCAAGAAAAAUUGAAGGGCAGAAAUUUUAACUUCUGAUUUUUAAAACCCUUUGAAAUCUUGUUAAAGUGAUUAAGGAAAAACAUACAAGCAUGAUCGUUACAGACUAGGAAUCAUGCCUAUAAAGGAAUAUGCCUCAUCUACCAUGGCAGCAGCAGGAGCUCAGAACCAUAUGGACAAUGAUCCUACAGGAUCGCUAAAGGAGUAGGUAGUAAUAGAAGCUGUAUAGGAUACAAAGAAUAAGAAGCAAAAUUCAGUAUAUUAAGAAAUGUUUACUAUACACAUGGAUAACAAAUGGCUUGGGGACUAUUUCACUAAGUUAAGCAUUAAUUUUAACCUUACUACUUGAAGGACAAAGGCCUAAAGAGCUGAAAGCCUCAGGAGGUCAUCUCAGUAAUAUAUGUAUAUCAUAGAAAACAGAAGAUAAGCAUCUUUAAGUGUAUAUACUUGUGCGUGUCUGCGGCUCUUCAACAAUGAAGGCUGUGACAUAUAGAUUGGACCCUGCCCUAUGAUAUAAAAACAAAGCAAAAUGAAAAAUAAUCGGAUAUUUAAAACUGACUUAUUUCCUUAAGAUGCCAGAUCAACAGUAGUAAUCAAGAAUAGGGGAGAACAGUUUCUUAAAGAAGCAAAAAACAGUUCAUCUCAAAUUGUUAAAAUCCAGGACACAGGAGAUAGCUCAAAGGAGCAGAGCAAAUGCUUUGUAUCCAGGCCUAGGUUUGAUCUUGCACCAUAUUGUCCCUGAGCAUCCCAGGCCUGGUCUCCAAACAUAAGUCCAGUUUCUUUUCUUGAACUUGAAAGAUUGUUUCCAGAUACUUAAGAAAAAUGGAUACCUUCUGCAUUGAAUCCGUGUAGCAAUCUGAAAUGAGAAAUGAAUGGGAUGAAGACAGGAGCUGAGUUUUGUAUCCCCUAACACAGCCUAGUUCCUAAACCAUGAACUCCCAAACACAAACAUACCAGCAAGCUCAAAGUCUACCUGCUCCUAAUAUUACUCAUUGAAGCUUUAUUUUCCAGCUAAUAAGAUAAAUGUUUGUGAAAACCACACUUUUUUUGUUAAGUACACAAAUAAGCAUCAUUUUGAUACCUCUUUUUGUCAGAGCCGUAUACUUAGAAUAAAUUGGGUUAAAAUUAUUCAGAAUUCCACUAUCCCAGGUCUAAGGUUACUGACAUUUCUUCCAUUUCAACACUGUAGUGUACAGCAGUCGACUUGGAAUUCAAGAGAGAUAAAUGGCUUACCUCUCUGAGUUCUUAAGUUCAAGUUAAACACUGACAUUACUUCUUUACUUCAGGUACUUAUUUACCAUAUUCUAGUUUGCAAACUGCAUAUGCCUAAAACCUUGAAAUUUGGUAAGGAUGAAGCUAAGGAAAAUGUUAAAUCUGAGAUUAUGUUCAGGAAGCCUUGCAGGAGGAGGCUAAGAUGAGUUAAAAUGUCUGAAAAGAAACUAGGUACUUUUUACUUAUUUAUGCAAUGCCAGGGGAUUAAAUCCAUGUCUCAUGCAUGUAAGGCAUUCAAUUUACUGGUAAGCCACAUCCCUGGCCAUAGGAAGUUAGGUACUUAUGAGUAACUUUCAGUUCCUAGGACUGACAUCUGAAACAACAGUACUACUGGUCAGCCAGUAAAAUAAACUCUUUGUCAUACUGAACUGUGUUGCCGGUUUCUAAGUCAGAUCAUUGACUUUAAACUAUUUUAAAACUCAGGUUUUACUCAGUCUCUAGAACAUAAACAUUUUAGAUGAGUUGGCUGUCUUAGUUAGGAAAUGGAAGUGUUAUGUGAUUAAAAAUUACUGGUGUAACUGAAGUCUAUUCUGCUUUCCUAAGACUCGCUUAAUGAAAACAAACUUGUCUGCAUUGCCCAGAAAAUUAAAGAUACUUGCAGUAUAUAUAAAACCCGUGUCAAUCUAAAAAACAAGUAUUUACUACUUCAGUCAGAAAAAUUAUUUUAAUGUGAAACUUUUUCAUGCUUAAUAUUUAGCACUAGCUUAUUAUUUUUUUUUUUAAAAGAGACCCAAUUAUACAUAUUGUCUCUUGUACUUAUUAGGCAACUUUGAAGAGAUACUACACUAUUUAGACUAAGUAUGAGAGCCAGGGCAAUGGCUCCAGGGUUGGAAUGCAUGCUUUGCAUGCAGAGGCCUAGGGUCAGUCCCUAGCACCACAUGGUACUCUGAAUACUGAACCAGGAGUAGACCCUGAGCACUGCCAGGUGCAGCCCAAAGACCAAAAGGAAAAACUCAAAAAUUUAAGUAUGAACAGACAUUGGGGAAGGGGCUGACGGGAGGAGCACACACGCACACCACAGCAGACACGGACACGAAGGCUGUCUCCUGGCUCAGACUGUUCUUCAUUGUUCUUAAAAUGUUCAUUCCGAUGCAGCUAACUAGCCUCCAUCUUCUACACCAAAUACUAUUCCAUGCCAUGGAAGUGCUAUGCAAUAACUCCUGGUAGCACCUUAAACCGCUUAAAAGCCUUUAAGUCUCUGAUCUGAAGGUGUCACUGUUAAGAACUGUAAACACUUGGAAAAAGGAAAAUGUACUUACCUAAUGAAGUCAUCUAUGUCCAUGGAACGGGCCCGCUUGUCACUGAAACCUGUACUGGUUAGGAUUUGCUGUAUUUUAUCUGCUAUGCUGAAAUCUUCUGGUAUUAUCUAUCAAUAUAAGAUUCAGAAUAAAUGAAAACAUCUUUAAUGAA